UGAGUUUGUAUUUUGGAAACACAGCAUAAAAUCAUAUAGGGUAGCUUAACUAAAGUUGGGGGCAUUGAUUUGCAUUUGAGUAGUCCGGCAAACAAUAUACCAUAAAUAUAACCAAAUAAUCCACGAUCGAUAAAUUUAUACAAUGAAAAGAAUCAAUCAAGGCGCUAAGUUGGAUAUGGCGACAAGCGGAAAGACCGUGGUCGGACUCAGAGUCAGAGUCAGAGUCAGACUCAGACUCAGACUCUGACACGGAGCAGCGAUUGUUGUAAGGAACAAGUUCUCAUUGUUCUGCCCGAUUGAAUGGGCGUUCGUCUAGAAGAUGAGGCAGUCGAGCGUCAUUCAGAUACGUAUAUGCGUAUACGUGAAUUAAAUAUUUCAAUAAUAAUGCCAAACAUUUAAAUCCCUACCUUUGUACAAGCAAAAUUUACAUAACGCCAUUUUAUUUCGAUUGGGUUUUUCAAAUGCUGUUCUAUUUGUGUCUCCGGCCAGUUUAGCUGAUCUACUUUUGACAAGGUUCUCCGGCUGCUAUAUAAACGCGCCGACUGACCGAGCAAUUCAACACAAAUCAUUCAGUAAUCAAAUCAACAUGAAGUUCUUCCUUGCUUGCCUCCUGUUCGCCGCCUGCUUGGCCCUCGGCCAGAGCAGCGCCAUCUAUGGCAGCAGCUACGCAACAGUUCCCAUUGUGCGCAGCGUGCCCGUCGUCCGCCAUGUGCCCGUUGUGCGCCAUGUGCCCGUCGUGGAGUCCGUUGCCGUUCCCGUCGUCCACUCCGUCGUGCCACUGCACCGUGCCGCCUACAUUUCAUCCCCAUCUCUGCUGCGUGUUGGACAUGCCUACGAUGCGCCCCUCGCCUACGGCGGCUGGCUGAAGGAGAAGAAAUAAGCUUACCAGUCCCCUGGAACGCUACCGCUU